UUUGGUUUGUCUGAAUUCGAAGGCAGAAUCUAUUAGAGGGCCACAGCUAUGCAUAUUUUAUAUCUCCUUUAGUAUUUAACAUCUGAUUCAUAUAAUCAGUUCAGUAGAGAUCUCCAUGAACUGACCAGAGUCGGUCAGAUAAGAGAGACAAACAAAAUGUGUAGAGUAGUGGACCUCCAGGAAAGGAGAAUCACUGAUCAUACGUUUCAUUUUAAUUAUUGAUUUACUUUAAUGUCAGUCUUUAAGAAAUAAAUAAGUGUAUACCCAGGUUAAUGUUCUUUAAAUAAUGUAGGAUGAUAUCCUGUAAGAAAACUAAAAACAUCCUCCAAAUCACCAAUGUCGUGUUUAAGUUGCUCACAACAUUGUAGCUUUUAAAGUUCACAUGCAGUGCUGGUACGUGCUGUCAUACUGGUACUUUGUCUAAUGCAUUUAUAUGUGUUUACUUUAGUCUAUCCAGAACAGUGAAGUAUUUAAUAUUGAACCAUUAUAGUAAACAUUUGAUGCAUUAAAACGGCUUGAUUCGCUGCUUUUGUGUCAACGAAGGAUUUCGAGCGGGAAUCACAUUUUAUUUGAAAACAGUAGACGCACAGUCAUUGGCCAGCUGUAUACUUUGACGUCACGCAUUAGCCAAUCACAUGCCAGUACAGUGUCGCCGCCCUCUGAGCUCAUGAUCGACUUGUCUUUAAAAACAGCCUGCAGAGAAACGUUGUAUAUUUCUGCGUCGUAAGGCGAAGAGUUUUCCUUGUAAUCAUGGCAAGAACAAAGCAGACCGCCCGUAAAUCCACCGGAGGCAAAGCGCCCAGGAAGCAGCUCGCUACUAAAGCUGCCCGUAAGAGCGCCCCAGCCACCGGCGGUGUGAAGAAGCCUCAUCGUUACAGACCCGGUACCGUAGCGCUGAGAGAAAUCCGCCGCUAUCAGAAGUCUACUGAGCUGCUGAUCCGUAAGCUGCCGUUCCAGCGUCUGGUGAGAGAAAUCGCCCAGGACUUCAAGACUGAUCUGCGCUUCCAGAGCUCCGCCGUCAUGGCCCUGCAGGAGUCCAGCGAAGCUUAUUUGGUUGGUCUGUUUGAGGACACCAACCUGUGUGCCAUCCACGCCAAGAGGACUGAAAUCAUGUCAGGAAGAGGAAAAGGCGGUAAAGGACUCGGCAAAGGAGGCGCUAAGCGUCAUCGCAAGGUUUUGCGUGAUAACAUCCAGGGAAUCACCAAACCCGCCAUCCGUCGUCUCGCUCGUCGUGGUGGAGUCAAGCGUAUCUCCGGUCUGAUCUACGAGGAGACUCGCGGUGUGCUGAAGGUGUUUUUGGAGAACGUUAUUCGUGACGCCGUCACCUACACUGAACACGCCAAGAGAAAGACCGUCACCGCCAUGGAUGUCGUCUAUGCUCUGAAGCGACAGGGUCGCACUCUGUACGGUUUCGGAGGUUAAACGCUUGAAGUUCUACACAAACCCAAACGGCUCUUUUAAGAGCCACC